AUGUCAAAGGACACUAUAAAAUCUUUAAAGAAAGAAAACGACGAGUUAAGGGUUGAAAUCGAAUCAAUCAAGAAUGAUUUCAAGAAGUUUGUACAGGAUGUUAAAUCCAGUGAAACCAAGAGCACUACAAACGCCGCAAUGGCAAGUUCAGCGCUGGAUAAAGAAUCAGUCAAAAGUCUGGAAUAUUUGAGUAAUGAGUAUGAUGAUUUGCACCGUUUUCGAAAUUCGUCUAAACAACAAAUGUCGCGACUGGAAUCUCGCCUAACUGUAUUAGCAGAAAAGGUCGAAAAUCUCUCCAAAUCUAUUGACGAAGCCGAGAAAUACAGCUACGCAUAUAACGUGAAAAUGUUGGGAAUACCGGAAUCCAGCUCGAAUGAAACUGCAGCUGAGACAAGCCAGCUAUGUGUCGACAUUUUCAAUGCCGUAGGAGCAAAUGUGUCUAUUUCAGACAUUGAUAUUGCUCAUCGCGUAAAGCCACGAAGGAGUAAUGGCAGUCAGCCAAAACCGAUUGUCUGCAAAUUUGUUCGCCGCCUAGCACGGGAACAAGUUAUGGCCGUGAGACAAAACAUAAAGAAAAUAGACCCCACUCGCGCUGGCCUAUCUCGAGAAACAUCAAUGGAAUAUGCUGGGAUUUACGAUCAUUUAACCCCAAAACGUCAACAACUUUUGGUUGCUGCGAAAAAAUUUAAAUCUGACAACAACUUCAGUUAUUGUUGGACAAAAAAUUCUACAAUCUAUCUCCGGAAGACUAAAGAAGCAAGGGCAAUCAAAAUCAAUGAUAAUCACGACUUGGAGACCUUAAUGAAUGAACAGGGACGUAGGGACAGCUAA